AUGGCAACUGCUGUCGCUAAUUCCGGGCCAUCCGGUCCUCCCGGUCAAUUCGGCGGUCCUGGGGGAUACGGUCGCCCGUCUUUCCGCGGUGGCGGUCAUGGCUUUGGUAACCGCGGCGGUCCGCGAUUUAUCGGCGGUGCCGGCAUCCCCGGAGCCCCGACACCGUUCAAACCCUUCCCCAGCAAGCUGGCUAUGGAGUACCUGGAAUUCGACGGGAAGCGUUUGCGGAAAGGAACUAUGAGGAAGACCAUCGACUACAAUGCGACGAUGUUGAACGUGCUUGAAGCCCGGCUGUGGCAGCGGGAUUACCGGGACAGGAGAGCCAUUCAGCCUGACGCGUUGUACUUCCCGCAAAUGUUCACUCCUAGUCAUUUGCUGGAUAUUCCCACGAAUGCCGUGGCGACGAGAUUCGUUCGCACGGCGACGAAUAAGCACCAUUCGCCGAUUUUCUGCAUGUCGUGGACUCCGGAAGGCCGGCGAUUGAUCACGGGCACAUCCACUGGGGAAUUCACGCUGUGGAAUGGAUUGACGUUCAACUUUGAAACGAUUCUUCAGGCCCACGACAGUCCUGUUCGUUCCAUGGUGUGGUCGCACAACGACGGAUGGAUGGUGACCGGAGACAGCUCGGGAUUCAUAAAAUAUUGGCAGACGAACAUGAACAACGUGAAGAUGUUUAAAGCUCAUUUGGAGCCCAUUCGCGGGAUCAGCCCAUCAGACCAGAAGUUGGCGACUUGCUCGGAUGACGGCACGGUGCGGAUUUGGGAUUUCUCCAAGUGCCAGGAGGAGCAUAUUUUAAGAGGGCAUGGAGCGGAUGUGAAAUGCGUCGACUGGCACCCGCAGAAAUCACUUGUAGCAUCCGGAAGCAAAGAUAAUCAGCAACCCAUCAAACUAUGGGACCCGAAAAGCGGGAAAAGCGUAACCACAUUACACGCUCAUAAAAGCACCGUGAUGGACCUAAAGUGGAAUCUCAAUGGAAAUUGGCUUGCGACAGCGUCAAGGGAUCAUUUACUCAAGUUGUUCGAUAUACGAAAUUUACGGGAAGAGCUGCAAGUUUUCCGAGGACACAAGAAAGAAGCUUCCAGGCAUGGAGCGGAUGUGAAAUGCGUCGACUGGCACCCGCAGAAAUCACUUGUAGCAUCCGGAAGCAAAGAUAAUCAGCAACCCAUCAAACUGUGGGACCCAAAAAGCGGGAAAAGCGUAACCACAUUACACGCUCAUAAAAGCACCGUGAUGGACCUGUUCACCUUAGAGUUACCUUUAACCGAACGCUGUCGCAGUUCCCUAGUAAAUGAGUUCAACAAGCUAUAUGCUUUAAAUGCCCUUCUCGACGUUCAAAAGGCUCCUGUGUUCUUUCUUCGAAGGUCACUUUCCUGGCAUCCAGUACACGAAGGGCUUUUUGCUAGUGGAGGUUCUGAUGGAGCACUCAUGUUCUGGCAUGUCGGAACGGAGAAAGAACUUGGGUCGAUCGAUCCCGGGCACGAAAGUAUAGUAUGGACGCUAGCAUGGCAUCCUUUGGGUCACAUUCUUUGUUCCGGGUCCAAUGACCACACGACGAGGUUUUGGACAAGGAAUCGGCCCGGGGACGUCGGAAGGUCACAAGGGGACAGAUUUCACAAUAUUCUCGGGUCCUCGGGCAUUGUUCUGCAUGGGUCACGGUCGGAGUUCGGGUCGCGUCAUGCCCAAGCGAACCAUGAUCAAGAUCGUAUUAACCAAGAUGCUUCCGGAGGAGCUGUGAUUCCAGGCAUGGGCAUUGAAGAAGAACCGUCCAAACAAGUCCCUGAAAUAAAGAAGGAACCGGAAGGAGGCUUUAGUUUUGGUGACGACGAAGAAUCUGGAGCUAUUCCUGGUUUCGACAUCACAUUGGACGCCAUCUUGGAAGAUGACAAAUCCAGGAAAAAGCUUCCGUUCGCGAAGCCGAUUCCGAAGCAGUUUCAGCAACAGUGGAACGACGUUAGACCCGUACCACCCCCUGUCCUUGCUGGUGGUCCUCCAGUUGCCGGUGCCACAGAAGGAAUUGCACCCGUUGCUCCAAUGGUUGAGGCGCCACAGAUUUUUGCUGUAGGAGAUACUGAUUUGCGACUAGGAAUGCCGCCGCCGCCCGGAGACCAGAUGUUCCCGGAAAGCAACCCUCUUCUUCUGGCCCAACCCGGAAUGCCAGCAGUGAUGCCAGGACUACUAGCCGACGGAGUUCGCGAACUCGGUCCUGAUUAUGACUUGUACAUCCGGCCGCUGGUGUUCCGCAUUACGCGGAAGUUGAAUUGCGACGGGACUUUCGUCCGCAAAUGGAAAGUCUCAUUGUCGGUGUGGUUCAACGUUGGUGCUGUCGUGACGUUUGUGUGCGCGUUGCCGACUUUGGUGACGAUAUUUUAUGCGUGCUUCGUUACUUUUUCGUGGCUGGGCGGAUCCGAUUCCGGUGGAAGUGAUGGAGACAUUUUUCAGAGUGCGCUCCCGACUGAAAGAUCAUCUGCGACUGAUGUUCUGUUGCUUGUCACAUCCUUGUUGAUUUCCCUCGUCUUUCACGAAUUUGGCCACGGUGUUGCAGCUGUCUUACUGAAAUUCCCGGUCUUGGGAGUCGGAGGGUUCGUGGUCGGGAUUAUGCCGGGGGCAUUUGUGAACAUCGCCAACAAAAUGACUACAGACCCUGAUGCCAUUCGGGAAGUGUUCGUUGUUGCAAGUGCGGGGAUUUGGCACAAUCUCGCCCUGUCUGCCCUGGCGGGGUUAUUUUCUCAAGUGAUUUUGCCUGUUGCGUUUGCUCCAGUGGUCGAUGCGGAGCGAAUGCUUCGGGUGGAUUCAGUAUCACACGGUUCUGCUUUCGGAGGUGCCGCGGGAUUAAUUCGUGGAGAUUACAUCGAGGCUGUGAACGGAUGCCCAAUUAAAUCUUUGGAAGAGUUUUCAGUGUGUUCGAGUAGAAACCAGCCCGGUAUUUGCAUCCCGCAACCGAGUUCAACAGUGGCUUCUUUGGAAGCGUGUCAUUGUGGUAACAGUAAUAACUCUUCCGCCAUCUGCUUUCGCCGCGAGGGGAUCAACGAAAUGUAUUCGUGUUUGCCAGUGAGGAACGCAUUCCACGAAAAAUCGGGUUUCUGUCACUUAUUUUCCGAUUGUGGGCGUUCUGAGUGUUGGCGACCCGUGCUCAAUGAAGAAACCGAACGUUUGAUGGAAAUCGAAACUUUACGUAAAGGCCGUUCGCAUAAAAUUUAUUUUAUCGGUAAACCGAUUUUGGCCAUGAGAAGUGUCACUUUCGUCGUCGACAUUCGGGUUCAUUAUCACACCUUGUUUUUGUUCUCAUGUGGGAUGGAAACUGAAGAACCUGGCGGGGCUGAAACUUUGGACUUGGAAAAAGGGAAUGAACUGUUCUGUUUUCAUGGCCCUUCUUUGAAUGCCGUGAAAUCUACGAAAUCUGACGAAAAGCAGCCGUUGUCACGAUCACCGAAGAAGCAUUCGGACCAAGACAAUGCAUCCAACUCGGAUCGCGUUCGCAGGGGUUCCACCAAAUCCCCGACUCCGACACAGUCUCCCCCGCGAGCUGAACCCCUUAACCUCGAACCAUCUUUAAAACUAGAAGACGUUCGGAUCGCGUCAUCCGCCACGAAGAAGCUCAAGCGAAAGCGAACGAAAAGCAAUAGCGAGGACUUGAGCGACGGAAGCGAUGACAGAGUCGUCAAGGAAGAAGUUGAUGGCUCAGACGACAAGCGACCAUCUCAUCAGAAGCACAAGCAUAGACGGAAGCUCGGCUUUGGAGAGAGUUCGACGGUACGGCAGUCGCCAUUUGCCAAGCCGGACAGGGUUGCCGUCAAACCACAGUAUUCGUCUAUGAAAACUCCGCGAAAGUUGAUGGACCCGAAUGUGGAGUGCGUUUUGGAUAUUGACGUUCCGCCGAAUUUGGCUGGCAUUUUAGUGCAAGACGCGAAGGAGUGUUCAUCAGUUGAGGAGGUGAAAUUUGAGUCUUGCGUGACGAUCGACGAAAUAUUUCAGCGAUAUCUCGAUACCAGACCCGACAUUCUUCAAUGCAAUUAUGCCAAGGUGAGAGUUAUCGAGCGGGUGGUUGGUGCAAUUGGAGACCUGUUUCAGCUUUUGCUUCCUGUUCGACUACUCUAUGACUCGGAGAAAGCCAUGCAUAGGAAUAUGACGCUUGACAUUUAUCCGAAAGGCUCCGAUUUUGUGUAUGUGCUGGAGAAAUGCCUGAACAAGCGAGCUCUGGAAGAACGACGGGCCGGCUUGGUGAUGAACUACGUUUACGAUAUUCUUGACUUUAUGAGAAGCAAUGUGGAGUUCUGGUACAAAGGUGAUUGUGGAUUACUUCUCAAGCAGUCCGAAGAAACGAAGGCUUCGGAGGACGUUGAAUUACCUGACAUCAGUGCGGACGACGCAGCGCAGGUUUUCUGUUACAAUUUUAAUCGCGAAGAUAUUUCGCAUGAUAAGGCGGGUGUGAAUGGUGUGAACUGCAGCAAGGAUCUAGCGUUGAUCUCAAAUUCUUCCGCGGAAAAUUGAAAAGACGAACGCUGCAGUUUUUUUUUUUUGUCAAGUGUGUUGUUCGAAAGAUUUA